GGAACGCGUGAUCACGCCUCUUUCUACCACCGUCUUCGCGGGUCCCCUGCCAACAUAAAACAGCAAAACGACACGAGCUGCACAAAUAUAGCUGCGAGUAACGCGAGGUUGGGACUCAUCACGAAACAUGGAAGCCCUUUACGUCCAAUGUGCAGAGGUCCUGUCGUUAGCUCAAUCAAUGAAGGAUGAUCUUGCUGCCCUUCUCGAUCCAGAUACGGGCAUUGCUCCUAGAUUUAGGCAGCUUUGUCGGGAUCAGAUUGAGGAAUUGGAAAAUGUAGCCAGCUUCGAGAGCGUUUCUGAAGAAAAAGAACUUUUGCGUUUAGAAGAAAAUACAUGGGCCCUACUGCAAGCCGUUAUGCCAGCUCGUAAAACGGAACCUCCCACUUUUGAAUAUGCGCAAGACAUGCUUCAGCAAAACCCUUACACCCCAACAGCCACCAUUGCACAGGCUAUCUUGAACGCGUCUCCUGUGUUGACUGAACUGAUCGUCGUUCGAGAAUGGCUACAAGACACGGCGCCACCUCCAAUGCAACCCGAGGCUACAACUGGGUACUGGAAAUUCACCAAACACAAUAUCAUGCAGGGUUUGCGAACUGGCGCUGGCGCUCGGCAUGGACUGGUCAAGGAGAUGGAUCCAGAUGCAGUGAAUCGCGGGGAUGGACGGAGUCUCGCUGCAGAUGAUUCGAGCUACGAAAAAGGUCUCGUACAGGCCCUGCAUGGACAUGUUCGUGCAGGCCGACUCGAGGAUGCCAUUGAGUUAUGCCAGAGAGCACACCAACCCUGGCGAGCCGCAAGUAUACGAGGUUCUCUUCUUUUCUAUUGGAAGGGUAUCGUCAAUGAAGGGUCUCAGGACGAGAUGGACGACAACGAUGUGGACUCUUGGACCGGCAAUCCCAACCGCAGACUUUGGAAGUCAGCGUGUAGUCGUGCAGCACUCAACACUGCCUUAGCAGAUUACGAGCGUGUGCUUUAUGCUGCUCUAGCACCUGCCCCACAAACAUCGCUCAUUCUUAAAUCCGCCUGUCGAACAUGGGAGGACCAUUUGUGGGCACAGAUCAGUAUCAUGUGUGAGGAAAAGCAAACGAUGGAGAUGUCGAGGCUAGGUGGUAGUUUCUGGGAGGGGGGCAUGUCUGCAGUUGAGAAGGGAGCCCGAUCCGUUUCGCGUGAGACAAUGGAGGAGGAAGAGGAGGAAUGGGAGGAGGAGGUUCGCGGUGCAUUAAAUGGUUUGAAGAGCGUCCAUGUCGAGGAGGGACCUCCAGCUGACCAUCCCUUCCACUUUUCACAAUUAAAUAUCAUUCAAGACAAAAUAGGGUUUCUCCUCGAAGUAUUCGCUGAAGGCCUACAAAAUCAAUCGCUUCAGAGCACGACAUACGAAUACGCGCCUAUGUGCCGCUUCUUUGCUCAUCUAUGUCUGUUCCUAAAGCUGAUCGAUGUCACUGUUCCACCUGAUGCUGUGGUGGUCAUCCUCGAAGCAUACUUGCAGGUGUUGGAGGCUGCCGGGCAACGAGAGCUCAUUGCAAUAUAUGCUGGAGCAUUAGGAGAAAAUGCUGUCAGCAGAUAUGCACUGUUUUUGGUAUCUCUGGAGCUUUCUGCGGACCUUUCGGAGCGACGGUUAGCUUUGACUCGAGCGAAAGAGCAGGGACUUGACGUCGACAGUGUUGCGGCGGUGACAGCAGAGAUGACGAUGAAUAAAGCGCUCGAGCUUCUCCCUGCCUCACGAGGUCCAUUGCCCUCAACAACUGCCCUACAACCUCCGGCGAAAGACGCAGAAAUUCUCCUCUUGCGUUCAAUCGAAUGGACCACUUUCUCCGAAGCGACAUAUGACCGUGCUUUGGAACAAGCCAAUCACAUUUGCCGAUAUUUCUUGGCUACUGGACGUGUACAAUUGGCGCAGCAAUUACUGAACAUGCUUCCAGCUGAACUAGCGGCUAUUGGGGAGCCAGAAGAACAAGCGACUGAACAUUUGCACUACAGGCAGUUCUUUUCAAUUUGGGAAACCUUAGAACGCAUCGUCGAAUGUCAGGCCCUCGAGGUGUCCGACAUGAAUCGAGACACUCGAAACGCUUGGCUACAGGACUACAAGCUUCUUAUCGACCAAGGUCAUGAGCAAAUUGUGAAAUUAUUCACCUCAGAAUGGCUUGUGAACGAUGUUGAAAAUACUGCCGGUGAUGCUCGACGCCGUGCUCUCAUCCGAAUACGUCAGAUCUACAUCCCCGAGCUGGUAAUUCGCUUACAUUCCACGUUGUUCACCUCGCGAUUCCGAUUUCCCGACAAUCUCAAGCUCCUUCUAAAAUUAGUGAACAUCGUUGCCGACUCGAGAUACAAGUUGUACGAGGACUUUUUCAGUGACAGUGGUGCUAGAUUAGAUGAUUAUCUUGGUGCUGUGAGGCGAGCAAUAUUGGGUGGUCUUGAAGGAGGAGGAUCAGAUCCCUUCCACGUUAUCCUUGCUUGAUACGAAAGUUCGAAUCGAAUGCGGGAUUUGACCUAUGUACACUGCUCAGCUAGUCAUUCUGCAUCACCGCGUACUUGCUGCAGAAAAUAUAUAACGUGCAUUCGCAUGUAAGCUUCGUCUGGCUCGGAGAUAUGGCUCACAAGUGGUGCUCGCCUCGAAAUUCUAGUUUUGGAUGGUUUUGUCGGUGCUGGCGCACCACCAUAGUAAGUAAACACGAUGUCUGAGACCUCGUGGGAUCUGUAAAUAUAGAAAUAGUGAGAUUGCGAGCGAAGCGAAGCAAUAAUAUACUAGUAAUCUCAUCCCUGCUUGAGAGGGUUGGUC